CUUCGUUCUGAUCUUGGUAGGUAGUGCGAUUAAUUGAUAGACAUUAAUAAUCAUAAAGCAGACGAUUUUAUUCAAGCGUUUGGAUGACGAUGAUAAGCCACAUGACAUAAAGAUGGAGAACGUGCCGGUUGGAAAGUUAUCUGUGGAAAUAAAUUCAAGAUAUGGUAGAAUUACAGACAAGUUUAUGGGAAGUUAUGGAAAGAAACCAGACUAUUAUGCCAGAGCAUCAGGAAGAGUCAAUUUAAUUGGUGAACAUAUAGAUUACUGUGGAUAUUCUGUGUUGCCAAUGGCAAUAGAACAAGAUGUUGUAAGUGCUGUAUCAUCAAAUGACAGUGGUCGUCUUCAGUUGGUUAACACCAACCCUGAAUAUGGAAUGUUUGAAUGUGAUAUAAAUAAUUUUACCAUCAACAAAGAGAAACCAGUAUGGCAUAACUACUUUCUGUGUGGACUUAAAGGACUACUUGAACAUUGUAAAGUGACCAGUCCAAAAGGACUACAGUGUGUUGUAGAUGGCACUAUUCCUAAAAGCGCCGGACUGUCUAGUUCUAGUGCAUUAGUAUGUUGUGCUGCGCUAGUGACUAUGCAUGCAAAUGGACAAACACUUUCUAAGAAAGAACUGUCUGACAUGUGUGCCCACUGUGAACGCUUCAUAGGAACAGAAGGAGGGGGAAUGGACCAAGCAAUAUCGUUUAUGGCAAACAAAGGCACUGCCAAGUUAAUAGAAUUCAAUCCACUGAAAUCUACAGAUGUUGAACUACCAGAAGAUGUGGUGUUUGUGAUAUCAAAUUGUUGUGUAGAACUGAACAAAGCAGCUACAUCACAUUUUAAUAUCAGAGUUGUGGAAUGUCGACUGGCUUCACAGAUAAUAGCAAAGACAAAGGGAUUAAAGUGGAGGGAAUUUAAAAGAUUUGCUGAUGUACAGAAAGCAUUAGGAUUAACUUUAGCUGAAGCUGUUAAUGUGGUUAAGGAAAUACUACACCAAGAGCCAUACACAAAAGAGGAAGUUUGUGGAAUUCUAGAGGUUACUGCUGAUGAACUUGCUCAAACUAGUCUCAGUGCAAACACACUUGAUGUUAAAACAUUUAAGUUACAUGACAGAGCCACCCAUGUGUUUAGUGAGGCCAACAGAGUAUUACAGUUCAAGAAAACAUGUGACUUGAAACCAACUGAUGCUUCGGUUGUCCUUGGUAACCUAAUGAAUGACAGCCAUACCAGCUGUAGAGAUUUGUACCAAUGUAGCUGUGACGAUUUAGAUAGAUUGGUGGAUAUUUGUUGCCAAUCAGGUGCUCUUGGAUCAAGACUUACAGGUGCAGGAUGGGGAGGAUGUGCUGUUUCCAUGGUUCCGGCCAAUCAAGUUGAUUCUUUUAUAAAGUCAGUUACAGAAAAGUAUUAUGGAAAGGAUGACAGACUGAAGGAAAAAGUUACAGAAAAUCUGUUUGCUACACAACCAGGUGGAGGGGCUGCUAUUUAUGUAGAAUGAAAUUAAUAAGAAGUUGACUACUUAUAACAUUGUGAUAACAAUUGUGUCUAGUCUAAUUUUGAAAUUGCAAGGACAAUAAAAUGUGGGUUCAUUUAUUAGAGGUUAUACAUGCUAAGAUCAUUAUAAGUUAGUGCUAUUACUAGGUGGUGUAUAACAACCCAUGAGGGUUUUGUUUUGUCUGUGUUACUGGAUUGAAACUUCAAGGGAACUAUGGUGUUAAUGAGAAGGUGAUGGACAAUUAACCUACUUAGAUAAACAUAUUAUACACAUAUAUUGACUUUUUAUAUACUUUUAUUCUGUUAAAGUUUAUUUAUAUGUUUUCAAUUUACUGUGGAUUCAUUUAUUUUCGUGGGUACCAAUUUUCGUGGUUUGAGGAAAACUUACAUAUUCGUGGAUAUUCAAUUUCGUGGUUUUGGCAAAGUACACUCAUUCCUUUACAAAAUUUGUAUUUCGUUGAACAUUUGAAUUCGUGGUUCUCCUCUACCCACGAAAUCCACGAAAAUUGGUAUCCAACGAAUUUUAAUGAAUCCACAGUAAUACAAUUUAUUUUUUUUAAUUUGCCGUUAAAAUUGAUUGUACUGUUUAAUCAGUCAACAACAGGUCUAUCAGCACAAACCAAUUUCGUAUUGUUUAUCUUCAUAUAAACUUGAAAUGUUUUAUGAAAUUAGAUGUGGAUGUUGAAUGUACUUAUGGAUUUUAGACUUUGUACUGUAAAUUGUAAUAAUUAUAUGUACUUGAUUUAUGCCAUAUAUUUAUAUGAUAAACAUUUAUAUUAUAUAUUAAAAUUAAUGUUUCUAAUUUU